CAGUAAACACGUGCUGACCUCUAACAACAAGUCACAUAGUAAUGAACAUGUGUUUCGAACGACCCAGUGUUUAAUGUUAUACAUGUUUUUACUUUCUAAGUGAAAAUAUUUAUUUAUUCUUUAACUAAACAUAUUUAUUUAACAACUAAACGUGUGCCGUAUUGUUUCCUCGGUGGAUACCAUCACUGUGAUAUAGAUGUCACUAAGGAAUCAUAACCUUUUAAUGAUCAAUAAGGGUACUAUUAUUCCAUUUUUUAUUAUCAAUUUAAAACAAACAAAUAAAAAAUGUAAUUAUAAUAUCGAUAUUUAUACUAAACAUUUCAUUCAAAGUAUUUUUUCUCUCACACUGUAACAACUUCAGUUUAAUUUUGUUUAUGCUGGGAUACAAUGUGUUUGUAAUUAAUUACAAAUAGAUUUGAAACAAAUGAUUAUAUAUGUAGUUAAAUUGCCCAUCAUAUUUGAAUGUUAAAUACAUUAAUGUAAAAAGUGAAAUAUGUUUACAAUUUAAUGAACACAUUUUAUGUUAUUUAAAUGAAACAUGUGCUGCAUCAUUUAUCAAAUGACAUUUUUGGUAUUUAACAAUGCAAGGUACAAUACAUCAAUUUCUCAGAAAAUAAUCAAGAAAAAAAUAUAUCAUGAAGAAUUUAACAACAAAGCAAUUGCAAAGAAUGGAAAAAAAGAAAAAGAAGAUGGCUGCACUUUUGGAAAUUACUAAAUUAAAUGAUAAAGAUAGAGAAGCAAAAUUGCUUGCUCUUAAAAAGGCUUCUAAAGAAGCAGAAAAGUCCAAUGACUCAGAGAGUAGUGGAAUUUCUAUGGAAGAGAGCUCUAAACGUAAACGACCUUGUAGCGAAGAUGUAACAGAGACUUAUUUUGAAGAUUGUACCACGAAAAUAGAAGUAGUAACUACCGAUGAAAAAUCUAAUCCACUUGCUAAUAAAAAACCUAGAUUAAGUGGAGAUGAAUAUGAAAAAUUAAAGCAAGAACUAAGAGAACGUAAAAAGAGACUUAAAACAAUACCUCGAUUUCAUUUAAAAACAAUUGGUGAAAGUGCUAGUUUAAGUAUUAAUAUUUCAAGUGAAAACAGAAUUCCUAUUUUCUUAAGCGAUGUGCAACAUUUAUUACUAUAUUCCCUACAUGGACACCACUCACCAUACAUGCCAACGAGGUGGUGCCAUCUUGAAAAAUACAAUAAGGUCACGCAUACUGUGGUUCUUGUUGUCGAAGGACUUUCUCUGUACCACUUCAUGUCAUAUGAAAGCAUAUUUUCACAUAUAACAGCAAAAUUAGAACAUCGUUUAGAAGUAGUAACACCCUCAGCAUAUGGAGGAUCGGUAAUAGAAGAUUUGGCAACAGUUCCUCUAACCGGGAUACAAAGCGACAGAUUAAUUAAACAAUAUGGAUCUUUAGAAGCUGCUUUGCAAAGUACCGGAGAUGUAAUAAAAUUAUUAAAAACCGUUUUCCCAAUGAAUUGCUUAGGAUCGACAAAUUCUGAUUCAUUAAAAAACACAUCUGAAUUACCUAAUACAGAUAAAUUUCCUAGGACACAAUUACUUUUAUCUUUAUGUCAAAUGAUAGAAGAAAAUUAUCCAGUACCUUUAAAGGGAAAAUUGGCGAAACAGUAUGAACAUUACAUAUUAACAAAAGAUACAUAUUUGGAAGCCACUCCGAAAUCUCCAAUGUUUGGUUUGGAUUGUGAAAUGUGUAAAACAACAACUGGAGAUUUGGAACUGACAAGAAUAUCUCUUGUUGAUGAAAGUAUGAACAUUAUUUACGAUAGUCUGGUUAAACCAGAAAAUACUAUUAUCGACUAUCUCACUCGGUUCAGCGGUAUAACGAAAGACAUGUUGACGGAUGUCACAACCAGAUUAUCUGAUGUUCAACAAAUUUUACGGAAAGUGCUUCCUGCAGAUGCUAUUCUUGUAGGACAAAGUUUAAACUUUGAUCUUCACACCUUGAAGAUGAUGCACCCAUAUAUUAUUGACACAUCUGUAAUCUUUAACAUUACCGGUGAUAGGUACAGAAAAACAAAGUUACAAACAUUGACCAAGGAAUUCCUUGGUGAAAGUAUACAAACAGGUACAUCUGGACAUUGUCCAACCGAAGAUUCAAUGGCCUCAUUGAAAUUGACAAAAUUGAAAUUAGCAAAUAGCGUGGAUUAUGGAGAUGCGGUGUUACUUGGUCGAUGUGAUAUGGAAAUAUUGAAAAUGGGAACAGGAAACCUUGAAACUCAGGAUCAGUCUUGGAAAAAGGAAAUUCGAAAAUAUGCCACUUCACUUUUCAAACACGUGACAAAAGAUCAGAAAACAGCUGCAGUUGUGGGUAAUGGGAAUGUUAUGAACGAGUAUUCUAAAUAUUUGUCUUCUUCUCUUAAUAUCAUGGACGAUGAAAAUUUUGAUAAAAAUGAUCAGGUGCGAUUUGUAGUCGCGGAUAAUGAUAAGCAAGCCGUGAAACGAGCCUCUCAGAUAGCAAUGGAACACGCUUUUACCCUAUGCCAUAUUAGAAUAGAAGAAGACAAAUUGAAAAAUGAUGAAAUGGAGAAAACAUUUCGCAUGGUUAAUAAAUGGGUGCAUAAACUGUGGCAGCAUAUGGCAAUAAAUGGUUUGGCGUGUGUAUUAUUUACGGGAGAAAAUCAUGCAGCAAACGGAGCCUGUUUCUUGAAUUUAAAAAGAGAAAUAUCUCAGGAUUGUAUAAACCGUAUUUAGGAAAAUGAAUCUAAUAUUUGUACAUUCCUUCUUAAAGGAAAUUAUUGAGAAACUAUGAUUCUAAUGGUAUAAUAUAAAUUGUAGAACAAAACACAGCUAGAAAAGAAUAUCAUAUUAUUUCGAUAAUCGUUUGCUGGAAAUGUACAAAUGUUGUAUUGUUAAUAAACUCUUUUUAUCUUAUGAAAUCUAAAUUUAAGAAAAAUUGUAUGAACUGUACUAUAUAGAAAGUAUAAGUUCAGAAAACACAAAUUAUAUUAUGAAAUAUAUUUUAUUUGCACUACUUUUAAUAAUAAUAGUCAUAUUUAUUUAAGGGAAUAAAUCUAUUGGUACGUCAAUUUUUAUAACAGUAUUAGGAGAAAGAGAUUAUGUUAUCAGUAAAAUUUUUAAGACAAAACUAGUAAUUUUUACUAUAAAUACAUAAUAAUAAAAAUAACAUAGUUUGCUUAUGCAUUUGUAUUUGCAAUAUAGUAAUUACUAUUAGAUAAGUUUUUAUUACUUUUUUUUUAACAGAUACAUAUUAAAGUUACUUCAAUUACUUCACUUUUAAAAUAUUUUUAUAAAGAAUAAUCUAUUCCCAUUAUAAUAUGACUUUUUUCGUGAAGAUCUAACAAUGAUGUACAUUGCAAAAUUGGAAGUAUAUACCUACAUAACGAGCAACAAAAUAAAAAUGAAAAA